UCUUUCAAACGACCACCUGUUAUUCAGUGCUGUGGCUGUGUUCUACCAGAUAUGUCGUGUCUGGUGCUGCUGUGUCUGCUGCCCCUUGCUUUGGGGCAGAAUAUCGUCCAGAAUGGAGACAUGGAAACAAUGGAUCAUUGGAACUGUUGGAAUUUUCAUUGUGAGCUGACCACUGAUCAUCAUAGUGGACAGCAUGGAAUCAAGGUCACGGGCAGAACCCACUAUUACGAAGGGCCCGCACAGUCCCUCAAUGGCCUUACGCCUAACGGACGAUAUAAAGUCGAUGGAUGGGUAAAACUGCUGAACGACCAGGCCGGACAACUAGGACAAAAGAUACAGUUGGAAGUGUCUGUUGAACUUAACACUGGGAAUAAGGCAUACAUCCCUGUUGCCGUCAGUCCCCUCGCGAGAUCCUCCGACGGCUGGAUUCACCUCACUGGGGACUUCAACGCUCCUUCUGGGGUUAUAAAAUCGUCCACUGUGUACUACCAAGGCCCGUCAGGUGGUAUAAACUUUAUUGCCGACUCCGUGUCUGUGACACCCCUGGUAGCCAACACCCACUGGCGUGCAGAAUCCGAUGCCACUAUAGAGAGGAUGAGGAAAAGUGACAUCAACUUUCACGUCACCACUUCUGGAGGCAUUUCCGACAAUCAAGUUGAAAUUGACGUGAUUCAAACCAACAAAUCGUUUGCAUUCGGAACCGCUAUAAAGGUUGGCGAUUAUCUCAGUGGCGACCAGAGAUACAUAUCCUUCAUCAACAAGCACUUCAACUGGGCAGUCACAGAGAAUGCUCUCAAAUGGAAAUGGGAGGAACCUCAGAAGGGUAACAUCAACAUCGACGGGGCAAUCAACGCCAUCAAGAAGCUGAGAUCUAACGGAAUCAAGGUGCGAGGUCACAACAUUGUCUGGUCUGGGACUCCGUUUAUUCAACCGUGGGUUCAAGCCCUUCGUGGUCAGGCACUGAAGGACACAGUAAAAAACCAUAUACAAGACAUUGUUGGACGAACCAAGGACCUCGUGGAACACUGGGACGUCAACAACGAGAACCUCCACUUAUUCUGGUACCAGAACACUCUCAACGACAGAGACUACAACCUAGAAAUAUUCCGUAUCGCUCAUCAAGCUGGUCCCAAUGUUAAAAUGUUCCUCAAUGACUACGGUGUUGUGGCAUCAGGCGGGCUGACUGGAGCAUACCGUGAACAGGCCAUCAGAUUCAAGAACGCGCACGUCGGUCUUUAUGGAGUCGGUGUCCAGUGUCACUUUGGAAACAAUGUUGAACCCGACCCAACGCUCAUCAAGGAACAUCUAGAUACCAUAGCACAAGCUGGCGUUCCUAUCUGGGUCACUGAACUCGAUGUCACAAAUGCUGAUGAACACAAACGAGCAGACUGGUACGAGACAGCUCUGAGGUCGUUCUAUGGCCACCCAGCUGUUGAAGGAAUCAUGUUCUGGGGAUUCUGGAGUAACAAACACUUCCGAGGGGAACCAGCCGCACUGGUAUCCGGAGAUUCGUUUAGGAUAAACGCCGCCGGUCAACGUUUCCUUGACCUCACAGAGAAACAAUGGAUGACAAACGAAAACCAUAAGCUCUCGCAAUCUGGCAAGAACUUUAAAGUCCGCGGUUUCCAUGGCGACUACACCAUUAAAGUCAAGGUCAACGGGAAGGAAGUUCCCUCCCUCGCGCAGACAUUUACCUUGGGUAAAUCGGCUCACACUGUAAAUCUCAACGUCCACCAAUAGUAGAAUCAAUAAAAUGAGUAAGACACUU